UUUUAUUAAAUUAAAUUUUAAAUGAGCUGAACAAAAGAUUCAAUUUAUUAUAUGUAUUCUAAUUUUGAGGACUUCACCUUAAUAGUAAUAAUAAAACCACACAUUAGAUCCAAAUUAUCCUACUUUAUUUGUUUUUUUUACAUCAACGUUUCAGCCCUUAGGCCAUUAUCAAGAAUGACGAAGCGAAGAGGAAGUCGCGAGGAUAUGCCCAGAAGUCAAAUAGGUCUCAAGCAGCAAACCAUCCGCGGUCAUGAAACUCAAUCUGUACACUGCGUCAUUGAGAGUCGUGAGCUGUGUUGGCUAACUUGUGAGGCCUCGACGCAAUGGCAAAUACUGGCAAUAAAUUACUUCAGUCUCAGUCCAUUACCGAGGUAAUUACUAAAAUUCUUCCGCCUAAUUUGAUGAUUAGCCAGAUUGUUAAACUACCGCAUUGAAAUGACAAUGGAAAAGACACAAAAG